ACUUUUAGAGAGAGAGAGAGAGAGAGAGAGAGAGAGUGAGAGAGUAGGGGGGAGAGGGAGAGGGAGAGGGAGAAGCGGAUUACUGGUACGCUUGGGAGUGCGGUUGUGCACCGAUCGGAGCUGAACGAUCUCCCCUGAUUCCCGAUCGCCGCCGAUUUCGCCGGUGUUUUUUUUUUUUCUUUUGUGGGUUUUCUGGGAAGAUUUCGAGGAGGGUUUCUUCGUUCUUCUCGGUUUGUCGGCUGUUUUUUUUUUUUUCUGUGCUUGCUCUUGCGGAUCACUGGGACGCUCGAGUUCGCCUCGCAACUGUGAAUUAUGGGGUCUACUCUCGUGAUCAAGGUCAAUUAUGAAAAUUCUCUGAGGCGCUUCAAUGCACGCGUGGAUGAAAAUGAGAACUUGGAUCUCGACAUGGUUGGCCUGAAGGCCAAGAUCCUCAGUCUGUUCAGUUUCCCUCCCGAUGCUGAUCUGACUCUGACCUAUGUUGACGAGGAUGGUGAUGUAGUGACUCUCGUCGAAGAUAAUGAUCUGCGCGAUGUAAUGAGGCAACACCUGAAAUUCCUUAGGAUUAAUGUAUCUGUGAAUGGUGAGAAAAGUGGCAGAUCAUAUGCUAGGUCGAGUGGAAGUUCUACCCCACUAAGAUCCCCUCUGGGCCAGCAACCGUUGCCUGACAUCAAUGCCAUUGUUGCUGAAGCUCUAAAAACUGUGCCAGACCCAAUUCGUGAAGCAGUUUCGAAACUAUCGCUGGAGCUGGCUUCUAGAGCUGCCUCCUCUAGUCUGACAAUUUCAGACUUCAUUGACAGUUUUACGAAGUUGGGUCAAUCUUAUCUGAAUACAGGCUUUCAGCCUCAGGUUGGUGGCAACGCGGGUGGUGUUAAUGGUGCCUCUGCAACCACAUCAAUGGCAGCUGAUACUGAUGUUGUGAAGGAGGAAAGCAUGCGUGAUGUGAUGCCAAACUCUAAUUUUGGACACUCAUCAUCCAAGGAUUCCAAGGAUGUGGAUGAUGGAGGUGUUAAUGAAGGCAGGGUUGUGUCUGCUGCUCCAGCACAUGUACCUGUCGAUCUUAAUGCCGAUCUCUCUGGGGAGUCGAACAUUUCAGGUGGAGAGAUGAAGGUCGAAGGCCAUAAAAUUUUAGUUGGAAAGACAAAAGAUGAAUUACCGCUGAAGGAAAUCGAGAGACUGGAUGAUCAAAUCAAGAAUCAGAUUAUCUACCCAUUCUUUGGGAAAACAAAGGUGGAAGACCAUCAAAUUUUAGUUGGAAAGACAGAAGAUGAAGUGUGGAAGGGCUUGCAGAGAGUGAAGGAUAAAAUCAAGGAUCAGGUUAGUGGCCUAUCCGUUGGGAAAACAAAGGUGGUAUGGGAGAGGGAGAACAGUUCAAAGGAUCAGGUUAGCUGCCUAUCCGAUGGGAAAACAAAGGUGGCAUGGGAGAACAGUUCAGGUCGGAAGACGCCUGCACAACUUUUGAAGGCAAUUGAAAAAAUGAAUAACCAUAUCAAAGAUCAAGCGAGCCCCAAUCUCCUGCCGUUGGAGCAUCCACAAGCAUGGCGCAGAAUCGGAUUUCCUAAUCUCAUCCCUGGGUUUACAGUCAGCUCCUAUCAACCACUAAUGCCUUUUGUAAGUUUAAAUGGUGUGCCUGUUACACCACAUGUAAAUACAAAGGUGGAAGUCCAGAACGUCUCGGGUGGGAAGACACAGGCUGAAGUUCAGACGGAACUUCAGAAAAAUGUCGAUUCCAUUAGCAGUGUUGACCAGGGAGCAUCCCCAGCUGUGGCAAACACUACAGCAAUGCCAAAGCCUGCUGCUGUUGGUCAUUCAUUUGUUGACCCGUUUAGUGGAUUGCCUCUUGCUGAUAAGUGGGCUCUUGCCCAUGGUGCUUUCCGACAUCCACAACCAUUUAAGAGAAGCUCCAACUAUGCUGAUGCCAUGGGCGGUAUAUUCCACAAGGGCAUUCGCUGUGACGGCUGUGGUGUUCAUCCAAUUACUGGACCUCGGUUCAAAUCAAAAGUGAAGGAAGAUUAUGACCUUUGCAGCAUCUGCUUCUCUGAAAUGGGUAAUGUUGCUGACUAUAUCCGGAUAGACCGGCCAGCCAUGUAUGGAUCCUAUAGACUACCAAGGCCUUUCAAAGGAUUUUAUGAUCUGCAUCAUUGGGAGGCGGCUCCUUCAACAUUCCCCCAUCCGGUGAGAGGCUGCGGAGGAAAGUCUGGUAAGCCUAAGCUGGAUAGUCGCUUCGUCUCGGAUGUCACUGUGAUGGAUGGCACUGUGAUGGCACCAUCGACGCCCUUCACUAAGAUAUGGCGUAUGCGCAAUAGUGGAAAUUUUGUUUGGCAUCAGGGAACACAACUGUUCCGGAUUGGAGGAGACAAUUUCAGUGACACUAAUGCAGUGGAAAUUGAGGUCCCUGCUCAAGGUGUGCCAGUAGAUGGGGAGCUUGACAUUGCUGUUGAUUUUAAGGCACCAGUUGCAGCUGGUCGGUACAUUUCCUACUGGAGGAUGGCAUCUUCUUCAGGACAUAAGUUUGGCCAGCGUGUUUGGGUUCUGAUUCAGGUUGAUGAUUCCCAGAAGGAUGCAUUCUGUGAUAGCCUCCAGGGUUUGAACCUGAAUUUGCCUGCAGAAAGUGAUGAGUCUAAACUCUCUGGAAUCUUAGACAUGAAUGUCCCACCUGCUGUAGUUUCUGACUUCUUUGGAAAUGACAACUCCAACACGGUCACUGAACCAGUUCAGCCGAUGGUUGAGCAGGAGCUCAAUUUUCCCAUAAAUGACAAUUUGCUGGUUGGCCAACGUGUAUCAGCCUCUGCUCCUCCCGAGGACUCUGGGCCCGUUUCGUACCCUGUAGUGGAAGUCGAGCCACCUGAAGCAGUUCCUGCCGCAACUGCUGCAGCGGUGCCUCCUCCUGUCAUUGCUUCUUCAUCUGCACCGUCUCAAGCCAUCGGCAGCGACACAGAGGUGGUGGAACAGUCACUCCUGAAGGAGCUGGAGGAGAUGGGCUUUAAGCAGGUGGACUUGAACAAGGAGGUACUGAGGAUGAACGCCUACAACUUGGAGUUGUCAGUGGAUGAUCUCUGCGAUGUUGCUGAAUGGGAUCCUAUACUUGGAGAGUUGCAGGAGAUGGGCUUCUGUGACAAGGAGAUGAACAAGAAGCUGCUGAAGAAGAACAAUGGGAGCAUCAAGCGCGUGGUCAUGGAUCUUCUUACUGGGGAGAAGGCUUGAUAAGUUAGUGGUCUGACCUGGAUAGUGUCAUCAUUCCCAUAUGUUAUUAAAUAAAUAAAGGUGAUGAUGAAUCUAUGAUGUUUGCUUCCAGGAUGUUAUCUAGUUUCUAGUCCUUAGUAUGUUGGAAAUCUGGAGUCUUCAUGGUAUGAUGUAUGUAUUAACUAUGAACCAUCUUUAAUGUCUAUAUGGUAUGCUAUGGUAGUCAUGCUUUAUUGCUGGUUACUCUGAA